AUGUUUCAUUUUGUCUCUACAGGUUGCAGUGUUGUCAUUGCCUCUCGUAAAUUUGACCGAUUAAAAGCUGCUGCAGAAGAACUGAAUAAUACUUUUUCUUCCAUGAGUCCUGCCAAAGUGACUCCCAUACAGUGCAAUAUCCGCAAAGAAGAUGAGGUAGAAGCUUUGGUGAAGUCUACACUGAGUCUGCAUGGGAAGAUUGACUUCCUGGUGAAUAAUGGAGGGGGCCAAUUCGCAAGUCCUUCUGAAGCCAUCCAUGCAAAAGGCUGGAAUGCUGUGAUAGACACAAAUCUGACAGGGACCUUCUACUGCUGCAAAGCAGUGUACAAUGCCUGGAUGCAGGAACAUGGAGGAGUCAUUGUCAACAUUACUGCUGCCGUGAGAAAUGGGUUUCCUGGAUUGUCGCAUACAGGAGCUGCAAGAGCCGCAGUGAAUAACCUAACCAAGACUUUAGCUUUAGAAUGGGCCCACAGCGGAGUAAGAAUCAACAGCAUUGCUCCUGGAAUAGUGUUUUCAGAAACUGCUGUUGCAAACUAUGGAGAAGAAGGUACAAUUAUGUGGUUAAAGAGCAUACCAAACAUUCCUGCCAAGAGGUUUGCAGUUCCUGAAGAGAUCUCUCCUGCAGUGUGUUUCCUACUGUCUCCAGCUGCUUCUUACAUAACUGGGAUAACCAUGGUCGUGGAUGGUGGCCGAAGUUUAUACAGCAAUGUCCUAGAUAUACCUGAUCAUGACAGAUGGCCCUCACCACCAGAAGGAAAAAAUUCUGAAAUGCUUAAAAAGUUUCUUUCUGGCAAGUUCAAGCCAAAGCUGUAA